AUGGACAGUGAGUCACAUAUCAGUGAGACAAGUGACCGCAUGGCAGACUUCGAGAGCAGCUCUAUUAAAAAUGAGGAAGAGAGCAAGGAGGUUUCAAUACCACUGGAAGACUCUACUGUAUCUGAUAGUUUAGAACAAAUGAAAGCUGUAUAUAAUAACUUCCUCUCCAAUUCCUACUGGUCCAAUCUCAAUUUGAACCUUCACCAGCCGAUUUCAGAAAAAAACAAUGGUAGCAGCAGCAGUAGCAGCAGCAGCAGCAGCAGUUGUGGUAGUGGCAGCUUUGACUGGCACCAGACUGCUAUGGCUAAAACACUGCAGCAGGUUUCUCAGAGCAGAAUUCUUCCUGAACCAAGUCUUUUUAGCACAGUUCAAUUGUACAGACAAAGCAGUAAGCUUUAUGGCUCUAUAUUUACUGGAGCCAGUAAAUUCCGCUGUAAAGACUGCAGUGCUGCCUAUGAUACUUUAGUAGAAUUAACAGUGCACAUGAAUGAAACGGGACAUUAUCGAGAUGACAACCAUGAAACUGAUAACAAUAACCCCAAAAGAUGGUCCAAACCUCGUAAACGUUCUUUGCUUGAAAUGGAAGGGAAAGAAGAUGCCCAGAAAGUAUUAAAGUGUAUGUACUGUGGUCAUUCAUUUGAAUCUCUUCAGGAUUUGAGUGUUCAUAUGAUCAAAACAAAACACUACCAAAAAGUGCCUCUGAAGGAACCUGUUACACCUGUAGCAGCAAAAAUUAUCCCAGUUACUAGAAAGAAAGCAUCGCUGGAGCUUGAACUUCCAAGUUCUCCAGAUUCCACAGGUGGGACACCAAAAGCAACAAUCUCAGAUACCAACGAUGCACUUCAAAAGAAUUCUAAUCCUUACAUUACGCCAAAUAAUCGCUAUGGUCACCAGAACGGUGCCAGCUAUGCCUGGCACUUUGAGGCGAGGAAAUCUCAAAUUCUGAAGUGCAUGGAGUGUGGCAGUUCGCAUGACACUCUGCAAGAACUCACGGCUCACAUGAUGGUGACGGGACAUUUUAUUAAAGUCACUAACUCUGCCAUGAAAAAAGGGAAGCCAAUUAUAGAAGCCCCAGCGACACCAACAAUAACGUCCUUAGUAGAUGAGAAAGUCCAGUCUGUGCCACUAGCUGCCACCACUUUUACGUCUCCUUCCAAUACACCUUCUAGUGUUUCCCCUAAAUUAAACGUUGAAAUAAAAAAAGAAGUAGAUAAAGAAAGAGGCAUUGCUGAUGACAAAACGAAAGACAAAGAAAAGUCAAGUGAAGAUGAGGAGAAGUAUGAUAUCUCCUCAAAAUACCAUUACUUGACUGAAAAUGACCUAGAAGAAAGCCCUAAGGGGGGAUUAGAUAUAUUGAAGUCUUUAGAAAACACAGUUACAUCAGCUAUAAACAAAGCCCAGAAUGGCACGCCAAGCUGGGGUGGCUACCCCAGCAUUCAUGCUGCCUAUCAGCUGCCUAAUAUGAUGAAGCUGUCAUUGGGUUCAUCUGGGAAGAGUACACCAUUAAAACCUAUGUUUGGAAACAAUGAACUAGUAUCACCAACUAAAAACCAGCCCUUGGUGUCUCCACCAAGCAGUCAGACCUCACCUGUGCCAAAAACAAACUUUCACGCCAUGGAAGAAUUGGUAAAGAAAGUCACUGAGAAGGUGGCUAAAGUGGAGGAAAAAAUGAAAGAGCCUGAAGGAAAGCUUUCUCCAAUGAAGCGUGCAACGCCUUCGCCAUGCAGUAGUGAAGUCGGCGAACCCCUUAAGAUGGAGUCCUCCAAUGAUGGUGGCCUUAAAAGCCAGCAGAACAGCCCAGUCCCUCAGAGAGAUGGUUGCAAGGAUAGUCCAACUGUAGAACCCGUGGAAAACGGGAAAGAGCCUGUUAAGUCCAUUGUGAGUUCUUUAAGUAGCAGCACAGCUAUCAUUACUGAUCACCCUCCCGAACAGCCAUUUGUAAAUCCAUUAAGUGCACUGCAGUCUGUCAUGAACAUUCACCUUGGGAAGGCAGCAAAGCCAUCUUUGCCCGCUUUGGAUCCAAUGAGCAUGCUUUUUAAAAUGAGCAACAGUUUGGCAGAAAAGGCUGCAGUGGCCACCCCACCUCUACAGUCCAAAAAAACAGACCACUUAGACCGUUAUUUUUAUCAUGUCAACAAUGACCAACCCAUAGAUUUGACGAAAGGCAAGAGUGACAAAAGCUGCUCUUUGGGUUCAGCGCUUUUGUCAUCCACAUCGACAUCUUCUGCAUCUUCUUCAUCUACAGUGACAACAGCAAAGACAUCUGCAGUCGUGUCAUUCAUGUCAAACUCGCCGCUACGCGAGAAUGCCUUGUCAGAUAUAUCUGAUAUGCUGAAGAACCUGACAGAAAGUCACACAUCAAAAUCUUCCACACCUUCCAGCAUAUCUGAGAAAUCUGACAUUGAUGGUACCACAAUAGAGGAACCAGAAGAGAGUACACCAGCUCAGAAAAGGAAGGGGCGUCAGUCUAACUGGAACCCUCAGCACUUGCUCAUAUUGCAGGCCCAGUUUGCAGCUAGUUUACGGCAGACUUCAGAGGGAAAAUACAUCAUGUCAGACUUGAGCCCUCAAGAAAGAAUGCACAUUUCCAGGUUUACGGGACUUUCAAUGACGACAAUUAGCCACUGGCUAGCCAAUGUGAAAUACCAGCUCCGAAGGACGGGGGGAACUAAGUUCCUUAAAAAUUUGGACACUGGGCACCCAGUGUUCUUUUGUAAUGACUGUGCUUCACAGAUCAGAACUCCUUCAACUUAUAUCAGUCAUCUUGAAUCGCAUCUGGGUUUCAGGUUAAGAGACUUGUCCAAACUGUCCAGUGAACAGAUUAACAAUCAGAUAGCACAAGCAAAGUCACCGUCUGAAAAACUGGUGACGUCCUCUCCAGAGGAAGAUAUCGGAACUUCUUAUCAGUGCAAACUUUGUAACAGGACUUUUGCAAGCAAGCAUGCUGUUAAACUUCAUCUUAGUAAAACACAUGGGAAGUCACCAGAGGAUCAUCUUCUGUAUGUUUCAGAGUUAGAGAAGCAGUAG